GGGAUAUGUUGCAAUUACAACUUACGGAGGACAUGACCUUAGAUAGGAAGUUUGGAGGAACCGAAUCUAGGUAUAAGGUUAAUAGGUAGUAGUGCAUUGUCUUGUUAUAUUUACUAGUAUUGCAUUUCUGCUCUUAUCUAUUGCAUCGUGUAGUUUAAUUAUAUGAAACACUAUUUUUUGUUACUAUUUAUUGUUUCUUGUUCUUGCAUUAUUUUUUUUUUGUACACUAUUUUUUGCCUUGAAUCGAGAUUCUAUCGGAAAUAACCUCUCUACGUCAUCUCUAAGGUAGAGGAAAGAUUCGCUUACACUUUACCCUCUUCAAACCCUAUUUUGUGGGACUAUAUUUUUCAGAUUAAAUGGAUGGCCCAAUCAAAUUUAAUUUUGAUAAUAAUAUAUUAUUAUAUUAUAUAUAAUAAUAUAACUUCUCUCUCCAUGCACAUAACCAACUAGGCCACUACUUCCCUCUAUCACAAUCAUUUCUCCCCCACUUAUUUGCCACAAAGAAACAGACUAGCUCUGGCCUCUGUGUGUUUGUGUGAGAGAGGAAAAAAAUUGAAAGAUGAUGAAUACAUCUUUCAAAUUCUCUACUCAAUUGUUGUUCUUCUGUAUCUUCCAAAUAUUUAUCAGUUUCCAAAUUCUGAAAGUAAAUUCUCAGGACAGCAACACAGAUUCCUGCAAUUCCAAUCUCAAACUUAAAGGAGGAAUUUUCUUUGAUACAGCUUCCUUCCAAUGUCUUUCAGUAUGGGAUCAACAAGGAUACAUCCUCAGAUAUAAGAGAACGAAUACAAGUGUGUGGAGUUUUGUUCUCUCAGCACCAAACACAAAUGCAUACAUAGCCAUGGGAUUUUCAGAAAAAGGCAAAAUGGUUGGUUCAACUGCAAUUGUUGGAUGGGUGGCUAAUGAUGGAACUCCAACUAUGAAGAAGUAUUUUCUCGGUGGUCAAUCGCCCAAUCAGGUGUUACCUGAUGAGGGAAAUCUCCAGCUUGUUAACUUGACAUCCUCUGUUGUAGCUGAGAACUCCAGAAUCUAUUUGGCUUUUCAAUUGAGCAUUGAAAUGCCCAGUAAUAGGCUCAUUUACUCCGUCGGACCGACAGGAAUGCUGCCGUCCACCGUCAAUUAUCGGUUGACGGAACAUCAGGAUAAGACCUCUACUUCCUUGAAUUACAACACAGGUCAAAGUGAAACAAAGACACUUUAUGCAAACCUGAGGAGAAGCCAUGGACUUCUAAACAUGGUUGGCUGGGGAAUUCUCAUGCCAAUUGGAGUCAUGGUAGCUAGAUACUUGAGACAGUAUGAUCCAAUCUGGUUUUACUCUCAUGCAACCAUUCAAUCGUUAGGGUUCAUCCUUGGAUUCGCGGGUGUUAUAAGUGGGCUCAUUCUCAAUAGUCGUCUUCAGAACAAUGUCAAUAAACACAAAGGCCUUGGCAUCGUCAUUCUUCUUCUCGGUUGCUUGCAGGUUAUUGCAGUAUUGGUGAGACCAGACAAGGAAUCAAAAAUAAGAAGAUACUGGAAUUGGUACCAUUACACAGCAGGAAGAAUUUUGAUAUUAUUGGCAUCAAUAAAUGUUUUCUAUGGUAUUCAUUUAGGGAAUGCAGGAACUUCUUGGAAUGCUGGUUUUUCAAUUGCCCUGGUUAUUUUAUUCAUCACUGCUUUAAUACUUGAGAUCAGGAAGUGGAAGAGAACAUAGAAAUCUUUUAUUAUUAUGUUUAUUCAUGUAAUAUUAUUGUUUAUUUUUAUUG